UUUUUUAGGGUGCCAUUUACACCAAAUUAGUUUUUUAAAUAUUAAAAUAUAAUCUAAAUUUAGAAUGUGUACAUCGCUUUUCCCUGCCUAGAUUGCAUUCGACAUAGACAUGGAAUUGAUGUGAGGCAAAACUCUCCAAUCUAGAUUGGGAAAGAAGGCUACGAGGUCAACAGCACCCACUGGGCGAAAGGGUGCAAUCGUUUGACUCAGUACGUGCAAGUCUGAAACAAUGUCAUUCUUGGAUGCAUUGGAUGAUUCUCUAGAAUCUACAGCAGUUCCAACAAUUGGUGCAUUUCAACCCAAGGUGAAGCCUAGGGGCAAGAAACCUAAUGUUGCAGCCAAAUCCAAAGUCGCUGCCGUGGGCCAAAAAACUGCUGAACAACAGUCUGUCAAGGUUGCCCUACCUGAAACCAACUCUUCUGUGAAGGAAAACCAUUUUAGUCCCGCUCAAGAAAUUGAUGCAAGUCACGAUGUGGGUGCCUCUUCAAUCUGUACAGAAGAGGACCCAGUCGAGGAAAAACCUAUUUCAGAUACAUCAGUGCCUAUCAACAAUUUAAAUGGAAAGAUAAAUGACCAACGGAAAGGCUGGAGGCAGAAAUUAAAAGAAAAGAAAGCAGUUGACAACUCAAAAAUGGUAUCGGCAUCAGUGGAACUUGCCACAGGAAAUGAUCAGGAUGACCAACACAAUGAUAAAUCAAAACAACAGAGACCGAAAAUGAGGGGCAAAAAGACUUCUUGUGGCUCAAAAAAAUCAAUCGAGGAAAGCCCUACAGAAAUACUUGAUCCCUCAAAUGUGGAGACAGGAGAAAACUGCAUUGAUUCAAAUGUGGGAGUUGAAUUAAAUGAUCUAUCUGAAAAGAACAACGGUCGAUCCAGGCGUCAGAAGCGGAAAUCAACCCCUUUGACAAACUAUUCGGACAAUAACAAUUUAAAUACAGGCUCAGCCAAUAUUAGACAAUCCUCAGAGGAUCAGGAACUAACUGAAGAUGUUACAGAAAAACAGACACGGAAAAAGAGGAAAUCUUCCACAAAUGGAAAGUCUUUAGAAUCCACAAAAGUCAAAUUUUCUCACAGCACUGUAAGACGGAGAAGGCGUGUGGAACAGCAUCUGCUUGACACUCCUGAAGCUGAUCUUGACACAUCAAAAAUGACCUUAACGGACUUAAUCCGACUUGCAGAAGCUAAAGAAAGGAAACAGAAGAAGGAAGAAUUGACAAAGAACAAGUUACAGUCAGUUGAAGCGGCUUCAAAUUCCAAUGCAAAUGAACCUACUAAAGAACCAGAGGAAGACCAAGGGGCUAUGCUUGCUCCUCAAGUUAAAGUUGUAAAUGGUCAGAUUGUUAUCAAUGAAGAGAGCCUUGUAGUUUCCCAUCGUGAUCUGAACGCAGAUGAUUUUCGUACAUAUCGAAGAGUGGAAGAAAGCACUUCCAAACUGAACUAUCAUACCUAUAUGAAUCGAACACCUGCAGAAAGAUGGUCCAAGUCUGACACUGAACUAUUUUACAAGGCUAUGCAACAAUUUGGGACAGACUUUGGAAUGAUUAGGCAACUAUUUCCUGGAAGAACACGCCGUCAAGUAAAAGCAAAAUUUAAAACAGAAGAGAGGAAAAACCCAUUACAGCUUGCUGACACAUUACUUCAUAGGACACAAGAUCACUCUCAUUUUGAGAUGCUGAUUGAUCGAUUAAAGAUAUCCAGUGUGCCUGCAGAGAAUAUCAAUCCAGAAUGCAAAACAUCUCCAUCAACUGUCGUGGAAGACAUAACAUUAGAGACCUUAGAUGAAGCUCAAGAAGAAAGGGGAAACAACACUAAAAAUAAUUCUUCACUUGAUAUAUCAGAAGCACAAGAAAUUGAGCAAUGUGAGAAAAGGCCAGCGGAAGAAACGGAUUCUACAUUUCCUGUUGGCAGUUUUGAAGAUAUUUCAAACGUUGAUGAAAUAAAUGAGAGUUAUAAACAUAUGGAAGAUUCGAAUGUGGUCAAAGAAGCGUCUCCGAAUAAAGAAAAUGCCAGCAACGAACCAAUUGCAAAACCUCCCAAGUCACUUUUUUCAUAUCAGGUCGGAUCAACAAAGCCAAAAUCACUUUUUGGUUACCAGAUGUAAAUUUUACUUAGGUAUUGUUUGUCCAUUAUCUUUAUUAUUGGAAUUCAUGCACCCAUUUGUUGGUGUAAUCCAUUAUAAAUAGCUGCCUUUGAAGGCAUGCUGAUAAAAUGGAAGAAGGGGCUUCUUCCAUUAUUUCUUACUAGAAGUUGAAAUGUAAUUUUAAUCCCCAUCUAAGGUGUGGGUUUCAUUUUAUUGUUUAAGCCAGUCAUUUGUCAGUCUUCUCAAGAAAUCAGCGUAACUUUAUAACACUCUACAUGAAUUGUAAUGUUCAUGAAUUCGAAUUCCCCUGAUAAACUUGAUGAGAACAACCAGAUGAUUCUAUGGAAGCUCUAAAUUAUGGUUGCUUCAGAUUUUAUUUGGAAUUGAAUGGCAGUGGACAUAUUAUUUUUAAAGCACUAAGCUGGAAUAAAUACUACAGUAGUAAGCUUAAA